UGGGCACCUAGGACGUGCACGAUUGUUUACAUGUUUUUAGAGCCUGUGCUUGUAAAUUAAAAAUUUAAUUUUCAACUACGUAUUUUAUAAAGUAUGACAGACACCGUAGGUACACUCGAAACAGAAGCUCUCAAGCGAAAAGAGCGGCUUAAAAAUCUCAAACGAAAACAGGAAGCAUAUAAUACCGAGACAGUUCAAUCUGGUGAUAGCAUUCCAAAGCCCAUUUUUCGUAACUACCGUUCAGAAAGUGAAGAAAUAAUAGAAAAUGCGGCCAAGGAAGUUUUGCCUGUGGAUGUAGAUUCAGAAAUCAGCUCACAACUGGACCUAAUGAAAACAACUAUUGCGAUUGAAGACAUUGAUAUAGCAAACCUUGCCCCAAGGAAACCGGACUGGGACUUGAAACGAGAUGUUUCUAAAAAACUUGAAAAAUUAGAGCGGAGAACGCAGAAAGCAAUAGCAGAGUUAAUCCGAGAUCGCCUAAAAGCAGGCCAGGGUGAUAUUCUUCAGGUUGUUAAUGUUGCCGCAGCAACUAUUGAAAGAUCGCCAGAAAUGGAAAAUUGAUUGUAUAUAUUCUCAUUUUUUUUUAAAUAUACCAACUAUUUAUACAAUAAAACAGUUACUCUAUCCGAUUUUGAA